ACACUAACACAGUAACUCUAAACUAAUCAAAUUUCCAUGGAGAGAAAAACACACAUUGCAGUAGUUUCAGUUCCUAUUGUAAGCCACCAAAUAGCAAUUUCAGGGUUCAUCAAGAAACUCAUUAAUCUUCACCCUAACAAGUUUCAUAUAACCUUAAUCAUUCCAGUACUAGAUUCACUUUCCAAUGCUUCAAAAUCCAUCAUUCUUUCUCUUUCAUCUCUCAACAUAGAUACCAUUGUUCUUCCUCCAAUCAACUUGCCACCAGAAACUGUCCCUACACUCAAACUACCUCUUUCAGUGUCUCAAUCUAUGCCAUCUAUCAUUGAUGCAUUGAACUCAAUAACUUCAACGCCAAAAACAGCAAAAACAUCAAAAUUAGUUGCUAUAGUAGCUGAUUAUUUUGCUUAUGAAGUCUUCUCAUUUGCCAAGAAACUCAACAUUUUAUCUUAUACAUUUUUUCCUUCAUCAGCCACAGUGUUAUCACUUUGUUUUCACUCAACAAUUCUAAAUGAAACAAUUUCUUGUGAAUUUAGAGACUUGCAAGAACCAAUUCAGAUCCCAGGUUGUGUACCUAUUCAAGGAACUGAUCUUCCAUCUUCAUUCCAAGAUAGGACAAGUGAAUCUUACAACCAUUUUAUUGUCCGUUCGAAAGGGAUAAAUCUUUGCAACGGUAUAAUAGUCAAUAGCUUUGUAGAAUUGGAACCAGAAGCUGUUAAAGUCCAGGUUGAAGGAAGCAUCAAUGGUUCUCACCCUCCUGUUUAUAUGGUUGGACCAAUUAUGCAACAAAAUUGUGACAAUACUCAAAAUGGAUCAGAAUGUUUAUCAUGGUUAGAUGAACAAAAAAAAAGUUCUGUUGUCUUUGUUUCAUUUGGUAGUGGAGGAACAAUUUCUCAAAACCAAAUGAAUGAGUUAGCAUUAGGAUUAGAAUUGAGUUGCCAAAAGUUUCUUUGGGUUGUGAGAGAACCCAAUGAUAUAGCUAGUGCUAAUUAUUUUGCUGUUUCUAAUUCUAAACAAGACCCUUUGAGUUUUUUACCAAAAGGGUUCUUAGAAAGAACAAAAAGGCAAGGAUUUUUGGUUUCAAAUUGGGCACCACAAGUUGAAAUUCUUAGUCACAAAGCUAUAGGUGGAUUUGUUACACAUUGUGGUUGGUUUUCUACACUUGAGUGUGUUGCGAAUGGUUUGCCAAUAAUAGCUUGGCCACUCUUUGCUGAGCAGAGAAUGAAUGCAGCCAUUCUAGCUGAGGGGUUUAAAAUUGCCAUAAGGCCAAAGAUUGAUAAUGUGAGUGGUGUUGUGGAAAAGGGUGAAAUUGUCAAUGUGUUGAAGAGGUUAAUGGUAGAGGAUGAAGGACUUGAGAUUCGUGAAAGGAUGAAAGUCCUACAAGAUGCUGCUGCUGCUGCAAUGAAAGUAGAUGGAUUUUCCAUAACUACUUUGUCUCAGUUGGUCACAAAAUGGACCAAUCUGGCCGGUUGUAAUGAAAGUUAACUUCAUAUCUUCUCUGCAUAUGCAUGUGAUCUGUUUUUCUUAGCUUGGUUUAGAUUUAACUCUUCGAUGAAUAAACAAAUCAAGUUUAGUAUCCUGUGGUACAUUUUAAUAUAUAAUUUUCUAUCAUUAUUUUGAGUAUUUUAGUUAUUAGAAAUUACAAACUAUCACUUGGAGAAGGUGAGAUAUUUUUGCAAGGAACAUUGACAAGUAUCCUCUUAUUGACAUGGACUCGUUUGGAACAAAAUUAACUUGGCAAUAUUAAGGUCAUUGUAGAACUAGAAAGGGUAAUUUGCAAAGAAUGAUGUUGUAAAAACCGGGUUGAAUUUGUUGGUUUAAUUGAUUGAAUUGAGAAUGGAUCAAUUUGUUGAUGGGUUAUGUGGGUUAUAAAGAUCUUGGAAAUUAUAAAUCUCACAUAAUAAAGACAUUAAAGGAGAUAAACAUGCACAACAGUGCGAGGAAGAUUUGCGGAAGCAUUCACAUGAGGUCCCCACUAGAGGCUCGCGUGAUGAUUUGGCGUCAAACUAAUGACACCUGGUGCGAAAU